CUUCCAUACCCCUCUCCUGCACAUACCGCCCGCUGUCAUACUCUCCACACCCCUCUCCUACACAUACUGCCUGCUGUCAUACCCUCCACACACCUCUCCUGCACAUACUGCCCGCUGUCAUACUCCCCACACCCUUCUCCUACACAUACUGCCUGCUGUCAUACCCUCCACAGACCUCUCCUGCACAUACUGCCCAUUGUCAUACCCUCCACACACCUCUCCUGCACGUACUGCCCAUUGUCAUACCCUCCACACACCCUCUUCUGCACAUACUGCCAUUGUCAUACCCUCCUGGCAGCUGGCUCUACUCCUGCACAUACUGACCGCUGUCAUACCCUCCACACACCUCUCCUGCACAUACUACUCGCUGUCAUA